AAAAAGCGUCUUGCAAUAGCGCAAAUCAAGAAAAACACGGCAGAGAAAGCAGAUGCCUACUACAAUCUAGGCACAGCUUAUUACUCCCUCGGUGACUUCCAUCAAGCAAUAGAGUACCUCAAGCAAUACCUGAGCAUUGCUGAAGAAGUCCCACAAGUCCGAUGUGUCGGAUGUGCCUAUGGCAUACUCGGCUGUGCUUACCAAUCCCUCGGUGACUACCAAAGAGCAAUAGAGUACCACAAUCAAGGGCUCAGGAUUGCCAAGGAAGUUGGUAACAGGGAAUGUGAAGGCAAAGCCUAUUUGCAACUCGGCUAUGAUGAUAUUCUUCUCAACCAAAACCAACGAGCAAUAGAGUACACCAAUAAAGGCCUCAUCAUUGCCAAGGACGUUGGUGACAGGACAGGGCAAUUGAAAGGUUAUGGCCAUCUCGGCUGUAUUUAUGGAAGACUCGGCGAAUACCAACGAGCAAUAGAGUACAUCAAUAAAAGCCUCACCAUUGCCGAGGAAGUUGGUGACAGGGAAAAGCAAGGGAGUCGCUAUAGCAAUCUAAGCAAUAUUUAUUCACUUCUCGGCGAAUACCAACGAGCAAUAGAGUACAAUAAUAAAUACCUCACCAUUGCCAAGGAAGUAGGUGACAAGGCAGGGCAAGGCAUUGCCUAUUCCAAUCUCGGCGCUCUUUAUCUCCACCUUGAAGAAUUCCAAAGAGCAAUGGAAUGCCAGAAGAAACACUUGAGCAUUGCCGAGGAAGUCGGUGACAGAAAAGAGAAAGGACGUGCAUAUUUACAAAUCGGCGACGUUCAUAAAUCCCUCGGCGACGUGCCACGAGCAAUGAAGUACUACAAGCAAUGCCUGAGCAAUGCCGAGGACAUCGGUGACAGGGAUGGACAAGGACAUGCCUAUUGCCGCCUCGGAAGUUGUUAUAGAAAACUCGACGACUUGAAGGAAGAAAUAGAGUGUUACGAGAAACACUUGAGCAUUGCCGAGGAAAUCGGUGACAGGAUGGCAGAAGCAUGUGCACAUACAGGUCUGGGUCACUCUUUGCAAUCACAUUCUUUGAAUGAGGCUUUAAAACAUUUUAAAUGCUCUGUUAAAAUCUAUGACACUAUUAGAGCCAAUUCUAUCUCGGAAGAUCAAUUGAAAAUAAGUUUUCGCACGAAACAUAAACAUGCCUAUACUGAUUUAUGGCAGCUUUUAGUAAUGCUUCAAAGGAAUGAUGAAGCUUUAUACGCUGCUGAGAGGGGACGAGCACAGGCUUUGCUCGAUGCCUUAAAAGUAACUUAUGGCCUCACAUCACUUUCGCCCAGGUCAAUUGAAUCUGAAGAAGAAGCCAUAAAUAUUUCAAAGAAGACAACUGUGUUAACAGUUUUUUUUGCCCUGGAAGAGAACCUACUCAGCAUGUGGGUAUUGCGAAAAGAAGGCAACCCUAUCUUUAGGCGAUUUAAGUUACAAGCAACUGGAAAAGAGCACGAAGAUUCCUUUUCUCUCCUUUUAGAAACUGUUUUGAAAACCAUUGGGGCUGGCAGAGGUAUCAGGUGCGAAAAUCGGUCAAUGGAUAAGCUGAGUACAACAACUUCAACUACUCGAGACGAACAUCAAGCAUCGGAGGCAUCACAGGAGACCACCGACUGUUUGCAGCUAUUAUAUAAUGUACUUAUUGGUCACAUUGAAAACUUGCUUGAUGGUGAUGAACUAAUUGUAGUUCCUGAUGGCGCUUUGUGUAAAGCUCCUUGGGCAGCCCUGAGUGAAACUUUAAGGAUCCGCACUGUUCCCUCACUAACAAGUUUGAAAGUCAUCACAGAUUCUCCAUCUGGACGCCACGUUAAAAGUGGAGCCCUGCUUGUCGGGGAUCCAUGUUUGGAGAAAGUUACAAAUAAACGGGGGGAGCCUAUUUAUGAUCCGCUGAAGUACGCAAGAAAGGAAGUGGAGAUGAUUGGAGAAAUUCUAAAGAGUACACCAUUAACAGGUGAAGACGCAACCAAAGAAGCGGUUCUUCAGGGAAUCGGGUCAGUUGCUUUGAUUCACAUCGCAGCCCACGGAAGAAAGGAAACUGGAGAAAUUGUUUUGGUCCCAGACCCCCGAUGGGAAUCCAAGCGUCCUAAGGAGGAGGACUGCAUUAUGAAAAUGUCUGACAUACAAGCUGUGAAGCUGAGAGCAAGGCUAGUUGUGCUUAGUUGCUGCCACAGUGGUCAAGGACCGGUCUCGUCUGAGGGUGUGGUCGGUAUGGCACGUGCUUUUUUGUUUGCUGGUGCUCGUUCCGUGCUCGCGACACUCUGGGCAAUUGAUGACGAAGCCACAAUGAUGUUUAUGAAAUCUUUCUACCAACAACUUACAAGUGGAGAAAGUGCAAGUGUUGCUCUUCAGAGGGCCAUGAAAUGUCUUCGAGACUCCCAGGUUUAUUCUGCUCCAAAGUACUGGGCUCCUUUUGUUCUGAUGGGCGAUGACGUUAAGAUGGAAUUGGGCGGGAAAAAGAGUCAUUGA